GUGGCAUGAGACACUGGUAAACACAAAGACCACCAAACAUUUACAAAAACAUGGAGAAAAGGGUUCUGCAGCAGGCAGUGGAGGAAGGCAGGCUUCCAGCGGUGCGUCUAAAACCUGCAUCCACAGUGGGAAAGGCGGCAGAAGAGGAGGCUCAGCAGCUGCUGGUGUCCACAUCCCUCAUUGCAGCUCCGUUCAUGAGGAGCAGCCGCUCGCUCAGCAGACUUGACCGAAGAUCCCCUGAUCCAGACAAAACCACCACAAGUUCUCAAGUAAAAAARGAAAAAGCUGCAGGGAGGAAUAUUCUGGAUUCUGUCCGGCUGACAUCCUCUGUGGAGCAAAUCAGCUCCACUAAGUCACACACUUUCUCCUCCGGGGUUUCCACGGUAACAUGUCAUCAUGACAUCAAGGAAAAGAAGCAGAGCAAAGAUGGGACUUUCACUCUUUGUGCAAUGACCUCCGGGAUGAGACGCAACUGGGUUCAAGCAGUUCUGAAAAACGUGCAUCCUGGUCUCACACAAGAAUUUACAAGCUCUGUUUCAGAACAGAAAGAGAAGCGGCAGGACGAAAGCAGAACCACUGAGCAGAGUGAGGAGCCGCAUGAACUCCUGCAGCAGCCUGAUGUACACUCUUCAUCCUCUCGUCACACUGUUUCAAGCUCCACCUCACCUGCUCCAUCACUGCCCAGUCCUCUACAGCCGGUGGAGGACAGAGAAGGGGAUCCGCUCCAGUUUUUAUUUGAAAAUGCCAAAUCUGGAGGAACAUCCAAACACUGACGAGAGCACAGCUGAGCAGAGCGCUCAAAGUGUCAAGGAAGAGCGCCAGGUUUCAGUGAACCCAACAUGCAGAAAAGAGGAGGAAGAACAACCAAGUGAGCAACAAACUGUGCAACUCCUCAAAGAGCUGCAGCAAACCCAGAGGGAACUGUCUCGGGUCCAACAACUUAACAAGAACCUGCAGAAAGAGCUUCAACAAGAGAGGGAAAUUCAUUUAGGGAAACUGGUUUUUAUGCAGAAUGUCAGCAGUUCAUCUCCAGAACAAGGCUUGACGCUACAGCAAAUGCACAAGAUAAAUCACAACCUCCGCAUGGAGCUGGACGCGCUGAAGAGGAGCCAGGAGGAGGCCCGGGAGGCUGAGCUGCUGCGGAGGGUCGACCUCUUAGCUCAACAGGCCCAGCUCCUGGUUACAGGCGACGCCACGGCUCUUUCUCAGAUCCAACUGGAGCAGGAUCGCCAGCAGUUUCAGGAGCAGAAGCUGCAGCUGGAGCGCUGCGCGGCCUCCUUGAAAGCCCAGCUGGACAUAAGUGAGGAGAAGAGAAAAGAGGCUGAGUCCCAGCUGCUGCAGCUGCAGGAGGACCUGCAGGGUCAACACAACCUCCAAGAGGAGGCUGAACAGCUUYGCAGACGUCUCCAAGAGAUGUCCGCUCAGCUUUGUGCCUAUGAGGACGCCCAGGCUGAGAAAGAGGCUCGCCUGCAGAAGCACCUCAUGCUCCUGCAGGCCAGUCAAGAGAGAGAACGAAGGGGUUUGGCUUCCAGCUUGGCUCAGGCUGAGCAACAGUUGAAGGACCUCCAAGACAAACUGAGCAGGGCUGAGCAGCAGCUGGAGACCUUUAACAAGAGUCAGACGCUGAGCAGAGAGAUUGAGGACGCCCAGCAGCAGCUGCAGGAGGAGCUGGCCUGCACGGUGUCAGCUGUGCAGCAGCUGCAGGAGGAGAGGGAGCAGCUCCACCAGCACUGCCAGGAGCUGCAGAGCCAGUUAUCUGCGGCGGACAGGGAGGUCAGCAGGCUCCAGGACCGCUUGAAAACAGAAGAAACGCACUACUACAAUCUGGAGCACUCGUAUGAGAGAGCCUGUGAGGAGCUGCAGGUGGCGCUAGGAAAGGUGCAGCAACGAGAGUUUGAAACGCAGGACAUGCGAGAAGGCUAUGAAAGGCUCCUGGACAGGAAGGAGCAAGAGCUGAGCGAAGUUCUGCUAAAGAUGGAGGUUUUGGGUAACAGUCUGGAGGAGACGGAGGUGAAGCUGAAUGCACUGAUGAAAGUUUGCACCUGUUCGUCAUCUCAGCUGAGGGGCGAGUCUUCGGAGCCCGUUGAGCACAGAAAUAAGCAACAACAAAYGCCCGAGUAUUUCACUGUCAGCGAAAGCAGGACGAGCAGUUCCCAGAUGUCUGAGGAUGUCCAGGUAACCUGCAGAGAUCCUCAUCAACUCGCAAGAACCCGCUCUCACUCAGCGGAUGCAUCGCUCCAGUGUUUUACCGACGCAGGAGACGACCCAGAGAAGUUUGUCUCGAUGAUCCAGCUACUCGAAACAAAGCUAUUCGUAACAGAGGAGAAACUGAGGGACCUGACACACAGACUUGAGGAACACCAGAGUCACGUCGGCUGCCAGGAUCCCCACCUGUCCUCGGAGCUGACCCAGAGCAGAGCGACCGCCCAGCACCUCAGUCUGCUGCUGCACAGUCAGGCCAAGCAGAGCCAACGCUUCGCCCAGGAGACGGAGAACCGCUGCAGGAUGCUGGUGGGCAGGUUUCAGGUGGCUCUGAACAUCGUUCAGGCCUGCAGGGAACGGCUUCAAGCCACUCCGGUUAACAUCCCAGACAUCGAGAGGCAACUCGCCCGAGCUGUCGGCUGCCUUCAGCAGGGGGAGAAGGAUGCAGGGAGAGUCCAGCACGACUCGCAUCACCUGUUUAAGGAAGAGGGUAAGAUCCUUGGCGACGACAAACUAGCUGGAGCAGAGAGCGACUUCGUCUCUAAGCUCACCAACGGGCGACCCUCGGAUAAUAUGUCAAGCGUGGAGAAGCACUUGAUCAGGGAACUAUUUGUGACGGAGAAAAUGGUGUCCGUGCUUCAGAACCAGAAYGGUAUCUUUGAAUUAUCUGCUGUUAAAAACAACAGAGAAAACGUUGCGCUCAUUUACAAAAACCUGACCUCMCAAAGGAUCAGCUUUAAAGCAGAGGGAAGGGUGGCGACGGGGAACGCGGGGUGUGACAGCGGUGAGCUUUUAGAGAGCGUUAUUGGAAGAUUCUGCGCCGAAGCUGAGCUCAUCUAUGCUGCUUUAAAACUUCAGCAGCAGUGUGAAAGUGUGGCUCAGGCGAAUGGUUACGAAGUGGAUCAGCAAAGGGAAGCUCUUGCAGACAUCAGCCCCUCUGAGCUGACCCCUUAUGAUGAGGUGGAUGGUAGACGUUCAGGCGAAGCUGCRACGCUGGUGGAAAAAGAGCAUUCUGACUCCAGAAAGCUGGAGGUGGAGAAAGAAAAAAGCUCGCUGGAGAAGCUGGUUUCUCGGCUGCAGAGAAGAGCUAAAUUCUUGUCUCACAUCUGCCAGGAGCUUACUGAAGGCGGUGUGGACCACAGUGUGGGUGACRCUUCUUCAACUGAUUUAAAUUUCUUUCAGGAGCAGGUGAAGUUGAUUUAUCUGUCCRACAGGCUUUACUUGGAUUUGGAACAAGAGUUUCAGCUGUCCAGGUUGUCACAGAACAACCUGCAGGCUCUUCGCAAAGAGCGCGAGGAGCAGGAGAUGUUAAGUCACGCUUUGAAUCAGCUUCAGGAGGACAACAGCUCGUUGAGAGAAGAGCUAGAGCAGGCUGAGCAAAAGAUUGUGUCUGUGGAGACGGGGAACCAAAGAAUCCUGGAAGAYAUGCAGAAAAUCGAGGAUCAUCAGAAGGAACAGAUGCAAAAAGUGGAAACCGAGUUUCACGAGAAGAUAAAGGAGCUGCAGCAGAUCCACGAGGAGGAGAUGAAACAGCUGCAUGAAUGCUACUCCAAGUCUUGUGUUUCCAAAGACAGACAGAUCAAACCCUGCAKUGAAGCAAACCCUUUGGAGGAAGACAUCUCAUCUUCAUCGGACCAGGCUGCAGAAGAGAGAAAAACACAGGAGAUCCAGCUGGUGGAAGUUGAUGCAGCUGCAGUGAGAGAGGCAUACCUGAAAGAUCUUGAAAAACUUCAGGCAUCUUGUGAUCAAGGGUUUGCUGCUAUGGAAGAAAUGCACAGGAAGAUCAUCAAAGACCUGCAGCAGCAGCAUCAGGAGCAGGUGGCUGAACUUCUGAAGGACAAAGAUCARCUCCUGCAGGAGGAGACGGCUGCAACAAUGGCAGCAAUUGUUGCGAUGAGGAGAGCUCAUAAAAAAGAGCUGGAGAGAAGUAAACAAACACAACAUAUCAGGGAGAGUGCUGACAUCACCGAAAUCCACACAGAAUAUGAGAAGCAGAUUCAAUUAUUGCACAAAGAGCUGGAGGUGUUGUCGGCUCAGCACGCCAAGAAAUGCCUGGAAAACUCUGAGCUGAACCAGGAGCUGCAGAACGAAAGGGAAUCUGUGACACGCUACCACACAGAAAACCAGGAGCUCAAAAUGAAGCAGAGAGAGGCAGAUGAGAUGUUUCAGCUGCCAGGAAAUCUGUCACAUGUUGGGCCUCAGGUCAACAAAUUCUACCAGAUGGAGAUGACCCUGAGGGCAAAGGAAGCAGAGAUGCAAUGUCUCAAGCAGCAAUCUCUUCAUCUGAAAGAGGAGUUGGAAAUUACACGAAUGGACAAAGUGUAUGCAGAGAAUAAACUGAAAGACCUUCAACGGGCAAACCAGCACAACGAUACUUUCCAACAUAUCGACAAAGACUCAAAGUUUGCCACCUGGUCUCCCAGCAGAGACGCCUCAGGACGCAGCCUCGGUAAUUCUGGGACAACAAACAAUCCUCCUUUUGCCAAGAAAAGAGAAAAAUCCUCCUUUCUGCGGCACAUAAGAGGCAUCAGAUCAAAGAGUUUAAAGGAUGGACUUUCUAUCCAGGAAAAAAUGAAGUUGUUUGAGUCGUUUUGAUUUAAGAGGAAUUAAACUGUCCUCUGUUUGGUGUGACAACACGUUUUAUUUUCAUACAUAAAUUUGUGUUAUGACACUGGACGACAUCUUUAUUUUUACUGAUUGCUUUGUAACUUAGCUGUCAAACCUUAUCAUCACCACUAGAGGUCGCAACAAGCUGACUUUUCUGAACCUUUGGGUCAUUUUGGCCUGAGGGCAGCGUCAAGAUGUUUUAUUUCAUCUGCUGUAGAAGUUAUUGAGCACUGUAUAAAGCAAUAAUAAAUGAAAACAAUAAACAGAAAAUAUUCACUUUUAAACACAUUAAGUAUUGGCUAUUUGAGCAAAAAUGAGAAGCUAUAAAAUCUGGCACCAUUAAUUAAAUGUUUUCUUUUCUAUGUUUAAAAAACAGAAGCUAGUUUUAACAACUAUUUUUAUAAAAACGUUCUUCAUCAAAUUAAUAUUUUCUAUGUAAAGAUUUAACUUCUAUGCAUUUCAAGUUCAGCAGGCAUCUGAUGAAACGUCUACAUUUUCUCCUAAACAACUCAGUGUCCAGACUUCACCUGUUUGUUUUUGAGUUAACAUGGCAAAAAGCUUUUUGCUCUAAUGCAUAUAAGCAUGUUAAUUUUCACAGAUUAGGUGCAGAAGAUGUGUUUUUUUUUUAAAUUGCUCAAGCAGCUCUGAGAAGCUGACAGGUGCAGAUUUGCCUCUGUGGAGGUUUGCACGAAGAAGCCAUUCUUCACCAUCGAAGCAUCGGCUCACAUGACUGCAGUUUGAGUGUUUGCUUUUAACGAGGUGUGAUGUUCCUCUGCAGCAACGUGACUUCAAGAAACGCAGAAAACACAUGGACGCUCUGAACCAGCACCUGAUUUGUCACAGAAAUCAGACCUGAAUCAGAUAUUAGUCUUAAAAAGACUCAGCAGCAUCAUUACACACUUUUUUUUCCACUUCUUAGGCUGAUGCAUGUUGUGUUUCAGAGGUUAUCUGGAGCAGCAUAUUUGAAUGUUACUGUAUAUAAUAAGCCAACCCUUCAGUGACUCUAAAUGUUUAAGAAGCUCACAGGGGAACAUUUUUUAUGGACCUCCAAGUUUAAUUGUUUAAAAUAAAACAUGAGACGUGAGUUUCCA